AUGUUCACCCAGCCUGUCCAGCCGCCAGCCGCCGCGCCCCAGCCGUCCAACACAGUGUCACCCUCGCGCUCCUCCCGCCUGCGAGGCCUGAGUUACCUUCGAAAUUACACCCAGAACCAUAUCCUCUCGCGCGACCCCUCGAACACCGGCGCCGCCACAUCAUCUUCCACCCCCGGCACCAACAAUAUCAGCACCGCUACCGGUGCCGCCACUGCCUCGAGGCAGUCGGCUGGCCUCACUCGUUCCGUCUCCUACACCCCCGGCGCCCUGACGAAUCCACAGCCCGCAUCAACCAGCACGAAUCGCCUGUCGCUUGUUAGUUCCACUCCCGAGAACAGGACGGCUCGCCAGACCGCCACCUCGAAUUCCAUCUCCGAGUCCGCGACGCAUUCCCAACUCCCACAACAAACCAACGGUACCACAACCGCCUCCAACAACGACCCUGCCGCUGCCACUACUUCUGCCGCUGCCGCUGCUGCUCCUGCCGCCAUGCCAACAUCAGCUGCCGACGGCGCUUCUUCCGCUGCCGGUUCCAGCUCGACCCCCGAAUCUGCCCCCUCAAUCCGUUUCUCCUCCUACUUUGAUCAGCGCGCCUCACGGCCCUCCCUCAACUUCUCCCCCAUCACCCGCACCCUGCCCACCGGCACAGAGGUCAUCCGCGUCGGCCGCUACUCGGAGCGCGACAGUCAGCCACUCUCCAGCGUCUCUGGCAACCAGCCGUCGGCAGCCAAUGUCGGCUUUAAGAGCAAGGUUGUCAGUCGACGGCACUGCGAAUUUUGGCAUGAAGACGGCAAGUGGUACGUCAAGGAUGUCAAGAGUUCCUCUGGCACCUUUCUAAACCACAUCCGCCUCAGCCCCCCUUCCCAGGAGAGCAAGGCCUUUGUGGUCAACGAUGGUGAUAUUAUCCAGCUGGGCAUUGACUUCAAGGGCGGCGAAGAAAUGAUCUUCCGGUGCGUCAAGAUGAGGCUUGAACUCAACCGUGGCUGGCAAAAUAAGCCCAACACUUUCAAUGUCGCCGCUCACAAGCGCCUUCGAACUAUGGCCUCCGCCAAUGCCGCCGCUGGUGAGGCUUCCAGCUCCGUCUCGACCCAGGACUGCGUCAUCUGCCUCAACUCGAUUGCUCCGUGCCAAUCGCUCUUUGUUGCACCCUGCUCGCAUACUUGGCACUUCAAAUGCGUCAAGGCACUUCUCAUGGGGCCCCAAUAUCCCAUCUUCAUCUGCCCCAACUGCCGUGCCGGUGCCGACCUCGAAGCCGAUGUCGAGGAGCCUGAGGAAGAGUGGGAAAUGUUUGACGAACAAGAAAAGGAAGACAAGCUAGGCCCCAUCGCUGAAGGCGAGGCAUCGCCCGCCCCCGCUGAGGCAUCGUCCUCCGACCCUGAAGUGGCCGAUCCAGACCGCAUGGAUAUCACUAUAAGUGAGCCCACAGACACGCCAGAACCCUCGAAUCCCACCGCCCAUGCGACAUCCGCGCCUCUGCCCAUUCGGAACGCCUCGGCUACUCGCCGAAGCACACCCUCACCACCUCGUCCAGGAGCAGAAGGCCCGAUCACACCGAGAAACGAUGUCGGGCCCUGGGUACUUGACGGUCGCGCCGGUCGUGACGCGCCCCAUGGCGUGCAAAUGUCGAGCCUCGACGCCGCAGCAACAGAAAUGGACUUGACCAUCCACGUCGGCGACCACUCUGCACAAUAG